AUGUCCCUUUUCCUCUUUUUCUUAUUUCUCCAUCUGUUUCAUCUUGGCGAAUCUACUGAACUUUCUGGUAUAUCAGUUAUUCGUUACAAUGUUCCUUUCGGUUAUUUAGUUACUAGAACUCCAAUUUACACUGCUAAAGUUGAUGCAAGCUUCAGUCCGAACUCUUUAAUCGCUGAGAACUGUGAAACGAUUAUGUGCUUUGCGGUUUUCUAUGACAAACACACAAAGUUCCAACUGUUAACGGAUAUCGAGAAUAACUAUACCGAAAACUUCUUUCCAUUUACUGCUGCGAGUAUUGAUGACUCUCUUGUAUUCCUCAAUAGCUCCAGCAACGUGUGCGCUUCCAAUAUGAACGACGCUUUAAACAAGAAAAGUUCACAGACUUACGACUCUGCUAAUAAUUACUGCCAAAAAACAUUCAAUGCUUCGUUGAACGGAUUCCAGACAGCUAAGGAAAGAUCCACAUUCAUCACAAAUUUGAAAUCUCUCGAUAUUCUUUCAUAUGGGUGGACAUUCCUUGGAGCAAUUAAGACAUGCGGCAGUGCACGGUGUCCAUUAUCGGUUCCAUACCAAUGGCAAAAUGGAGUAUCCACAAACCAUACCCUUGCCAAUGACUUCUUCUAUCAACCAUGGCUUGAUGGAAGUGGGAACUGUUUGGGACUUGUAUACAAAUAUCAGAUGUACGACGACAUCAGUUGUACGCAGCAAACUACAUUUUCUUGCGGAAAAUGGGCAGAUAAUUUCAACUGA